AACUGUGAAUGCUACGACAUCACCAUUUCUGCUUUUUGAGCUGCAAGCCCACUUUGUAAAGCGUCAGAAGCCCUUCCGCCUUUUUGUCGAUGGAAUUGUCCCAUCGCGGGGCACAGCGUUUUUACUGCAAGCAUGGCGACUUUGUCAGGUCACGUGAACUCAAACAGUCGUCAUCUCGCUCGACAUCUUUGCACAUCUCGCUGAGCGCCACGGCCUCACCAUUGUCGGUUACGCCGCCCAGCAGGUUGGCGGCAAGCCGCGUGCUUUGCUUAUAACGCUAUGAGCUCAUCAGUCCUUGGCAUUCUUCUUAUAUGCUAUUCCAGCCGUGGACACCAAUUGGUAUUCAGCUAUCCUAGCGAUCCUAAGCGAGUUCGCGGCACAUCUCGAGACGAGCAGAGAUCGCGCUUGCCUCGAAACCUACCAGGGUCCUCCGUGGGACAGCCAAAUGAAGUACCUGAAGUGAGAGAUGGCGCUGGGCGUGAUACUCUGCGUGAAGGAAUCUCCCAAAGACCAAGCACCGCCGAUCUCGAAAGGGCCAAGGCUUGCUUGCGUCCAGACGCUGAAAAGUUUCUUGGAUUUGACACACAUUUUUUGUCUGAUAUUCUUUCCCCAAAGGUGGCAUUGUGUGAUAGGCAAUUCCAGCUCACAGUAGACGAUGUCACUUUUAUCGGCCACCCGACACUCUUGCACGCUGACCGCCCAGGCACGGGCCAUCGAUUUGCGCGCAUGAUUCAAAAGAAACGUUUAGCGGCACACAUGGGAGCCGCAGCGCCCACAUCAACCAAUUUGCAGGAAUCCGUUGCUCCUGGAGUGACGAUCACACCGUCGUUGUCUGACCGAUCCUCAUCAGAUCCCUUUCUCAAAUCUGCUAAUUCUCCUGUGAACAUUGCCUCCGCCCAUCAGCUGUCCAUGUUCAACCUUGUCUUUGCGAUGCAGCCUGACCGCGGGCAAUGCCAAGUGGAUACAAUGUACAAACAUGUGAUAUCAAAAAUCACGGCUGCCCUAAAGUAUGAACAACUCAAAAGAGGUUACAUUCGAAAGGAAGCCGAAUUGAUUCUAUCCAUCAAGGACGAGGCGCAAGUAAAGUCUCUAGAGCGAGUUCGAUUGAGCGACGUCAUGGACCAGGUGCUGGCCGAAAGUACAUUGGCGCGAUGUCUAGCGCACAUCUACAACUCAAUAACAAACGACUCUGUGGCGCAUGUUGUCGUGAACUCUUCUGUCGAUCUCUCCUUGCACAUUCCAGAUCGUGUAAGCAGACCACUGGCACUAACAGAAUCGACGACACUAGCAAGACCUAAGUAUGCUUUUGGGUCAGAGGAUACCGGCAGUCCGAUUCUUCGGCCCUACCAUGCAUUAUUACUUUUAUACGAUCCAGAAGAGAUUCUCAAAGCGCUUCCCCUGGAUCCUUCGCCUCUGCUCGUGGAGUUGAUCCAGAUUGUUACCCCAACACAAUGUUUCGAAGAACUCCAAACCACUCUUGACUGCUCCUUGUCCCAACUGUAUCGUUUGGCCGCUCACCUGGUUCAUUGGCAGAAAGCCAAAAUCAUUGACGUGAUUAGCAUACGCAACGUUUAUGUUGUUUCACAAGGCGCUGAGCUAGAUCUCUUGCCACGCCUUGUGCAGGAUUUCAAUAGCAGAUUUCCACAAUUGGAUCUCCCGACCAUUCUUUCUGAUCUUUCCAUCCCCCGUCCGUACUCCGCCAUAAUCCCUCAGAAGGAAUUCAGAACCCUGUACCUUGAGGUACUGACUUUUCUACUUCGAUACAAUUUGGUGACACAAUUGCACAUGUAUAUCUAUCUGAUGAUACCAGAACAUAUCUGCGGUAAAACAGUGAUGGGAGGAGAGGCCGAGGCUCCAGGGCCACCAGCCGUAUUCAUUCCUGAUCCGGCGCGAGCAACGGAAGUGGAACGCGAAUGGAUAAAUAAGUUGGCUUAUGAGCAUCCGCCGGCCAUUGGAUCCUUGUUUCUUCGAUUAGCACCGUACUUUUCGGGAAAGUAUCACGUUGAGGAAAUUGUAUUCCGGGAGAAUUUGACCAAGAAAGAUCUGCGGACUAUACUAAGUCGGUUUCGGGAAGUUGUCGUAUCUGCGCUGUUACCGUGAUAUACAACCGUUCUGUUCGAACGACUACCAGCCUUUUCAAGUUGCAAGGCUUGAUAACCCUGUGCAAACCUUAUGGCAAACUUGGAUCAAUUAGGCUUAACCCUUGGUAUCUUGGAUGUAAAUAUAAUACAGCGUUUCGUUCCCACCGUAAAGUAUAUCGCGUCUAACCGAUUCUCGUCUCUACACUGGGUAAUGGGGGACAUUCUUCCCUGACAUAGUGUGUGGGAAAGUACAAAUGUAUUUAGCUGUUGCAUUGCAACCGGGUGAACUUGUAAUUGACAUUGGCAUUAAGAUAUACAAUUCUGGUUUACUAGUAGCGC